AUGCAAUCCGCAGCGCCGAAACCUGACUGGAACGGCCCUCCCAUACACGUUGGCGUGAUUGGUGGCAGUGGUCUGUACAAGCUGGAAGGAAUCGAGAUCAUCGAUUCCGUGCUGCCAGAGACGCCCUGGGGCCUGCCUUCGUCGCCGCUCAGCAUUGCCCGCACGCCGUCCGGCACGCUCGUUGCGUUCCUUGCGCGCCAUGGACUUUCGCACUCGUAUUCGCCUUCUGGUGUUCCUGCGCUGGCCAACAUUGCUGCGCUCAAGCACAUUGGUGUCCGGGUGAUUCUUGCGUUUUCUGCAGUCGGUUCGUUGCGCGAGGAAAUUGCACCCAAAGACUUUGUGAUUGCAUCGCAAAUCAUCGAUCGGACUAAAGGCAUACGCCGCUCUACGUACUUUGGUGAAGGCGAGGAGAAGAAUGUGGUUGCGCACGCCUCGUUUGGCGAGCCCUUUGACGUGCAUUUGCGUCCCAUUGUGGAAGGCAUAGCGCGCGAAACGCUCGCUUCGCACAAUUCCUCCGUCCGUGUGCACUCCAACAAAACCGUUGUCUGCAUGGAGGGUCCGGCAUUUUCGACGCGCGCCGAGUCGCUUAUGUACCGCCAGCUUGGCGGCGACAUCAUCAACAUGUCCGUGAUUCCCGAGGCAAAGCUGGCGCGCGAAGCUGAAAUGAGUUAUGUACUUAUUGCUACUGCGACAGACUACGAUGCCUGGCGGGAGUCGUCCGAAGCUGUGAAUGUGGCCGAGGUGAUUAAGAGUUUGCAGGCCAACGCAGCAGCGUCGCAAGUGGUGACCAAAGCGUUGGUCGACAAGGUCGCUGAACUUGUCGAGGACGACAACUCCAAGGUCCUGACCAACUCGGACCGUAGUAUGCGCUUCAGUAUUAUGACGCGCCCCGAGAAUGUCGACGAGGGGGUGCAACAGCGCAUUCGCUAUAUUUUGCCCUGGUACGGGAGCCAGUAG